AUGUUCUCCACCGCCGUCGAGCAAAAGGUUUAUUUAUCAAUCAAGCCACUGAUUCCUAACUUCACUUUAACACAACUUAAUUUGCAGGGAGCCCUUACUGGGUUGGUUACUGGACUGGCAUUCAGUUUGUGGAUUGGAUUUGGUGGUCCGAAGCCUCCCAUUCCACGUCUUCCUUUAAGAAACGAUGGCUGCGCCGAGUUCUUGAACGCAACAAUUGAUUCCACAACUGAGCAGUACCUUUCAACAAUUUCUCCUUCUGCCUUGCCAACAGGAGUCACGCCAGCAGAUGAUUACUUCCCACUAUAUCGUGUAUCGUUUAUGUGGUACGCACCUCUUGGAUUUCUUCUGACAGUUCUUGUUGCCCAAGUGGUCAGCCGGAUUGUUAGAUUAAGCGUUGAAAGGCGAGGCGUAUCAGGCCAAAAGAUCAAUGAAGAAUUGCUCAGUCCAAUGUUUCCGCAGUGUUUCCGCACUUCUCAUCAUCUUCCAGAUCCCAACUUACUGUUGACUCCUCGUGAAAAUUACGAAGAAAAACAGAGCCACGAAGACCAAACUGUAUCGAAAAUUUGAAGGCCGUUCCGAGCUCAGGAAUAAUAUCUGUUGUAGUCCAAAAAGCUCACCGAAAAAUCUCGGAAAGAAUCUCAUCAACUGGAAACCAGUUCACAGUAAAUUCAUUAAAUUUUGGAAUCCACGCACAAGUUAAAGAUCAACUCCUUUUUUUUAAUCUUCAGUGCAAUAGUACGUAGAAACGUAAAGUCCUGCGGUUUAAUGUGAAAUCAAGUGUGACCUUGUAGGGUUAACACUUAAAAGUAUCGUUGUUUUAAAAUCUUUCGUGUUAAUCACCAUUUUAUGUGGUUAAAGCCGCUUCAUCUCCGUGCGUCCUGAUCUACAUAUCAAAAUCUGUUCUUUGUUUUGGUAGGCUUUUUUUUGUUUCUAGUUCAAUGAAUCAGUUACAUCAUUGUUGUUAA